AUGGGUUCGUGUGUAAGCACAGAGCCGGCUGAUAAUGAGCCAAAGAAGAGAAGCCAGGCGAUCGAUCGCAGACUGGAGGAGGAUUCUAGGCGAUUACGAAGAGAGUGCAAGAUUCUACUGCUUGGGUCCGGAGAAAGUGGGAAAUCGACGAUUGUCAAACAAAUGAAGAUCAUACAUCAAAACGGCUACACAGUGGAGGAGCUGGCAUUGUAUCGCCUGACGGUCUGCAAGAAUCUCCUAGAUUGCGCCAAGUCUCUUGUAGGAGCCUAUCACCAGUUCUCCCUUGAGCCCUCGAGCCAAAAAGUCCGUGACUACGUACAAUACAUUUCCGACUACAAUAUCGACCCCGACCCGCACACAACGUUGGAUGCGAAGGUAGGAGAGGCGAUAACGUAUAUCUGGAAUGAUCCAUGCACAUCCACAGUAUUGGAACAUCAGAACGAGUUCUACUUGAUGGAUUCGGCCCCAUAUUUUUUCGAGGAAGCAAAGCGCAUUGCAUCUCCAGAUUUCAUACCCAAUGUAAACGAUGUGCUUCGCGCCCGAACGAAGACCACCGGUAUCUAUGAAACUAGGUUUACAAUGGGCCAGCUGAGCAUACACAUGUUUGAUGUGGGUGGACAGCGCAGCGAGCGGAAGAAGUGGAUUCAUUGUUUCGAGAAUGUCACCUCCAUCAUAUUCUGUGUGGCAUUGAGCGAGUACGAUCAAGUGCUUCUGGAAGAGAGUAAUCAGAAUCGAAUGAUGGAGAGUCUGGUGUUGUUCGAUUCUGUAGUCAACUCUCGAUGGUUCAUGCGAACGAGUAUAAUCCUGUUCCUAAAUAAGGUCGAUCUGUUCCGCCAAAAGCUCCCUCGGUCCCCCUUGAGCAAUUACUUUCCUGAUUACUCUGGCGGCAAUGAUGUGAACCGCGCCGCCAAAUAUCUGCUGUGGAGGUUCAACCAAGUUAAUCGAGCACAUUUGAACCUCUAUCCCCAUUUGACACAAGCCACUGAUACAACCAACAUCCGCUUAGUAUUUGCUGCGGUAAAGGAGACGAUUCUACAAAAUGCUUUGAAGGAUUCAGGUAUCUUGUAG